AGUUCACUUCCUGACCCGCUCAUGGAUGCUAAACUGCAGCAGCCGCCUACCUUAUUCGAAGUCCUAGGCGUCCCGCCUUCGGCUAAUGAUGCGCGUAUAAGGAGGGCGUAUCUCGACCUGUCCCUGAGGUUUCAUCCUAACUCUACUACUGGAGCUGCGUCUCCCAAGGCUGGUCAAGCUUGUGGAGAAUUCUUCAAGACUAUCAAGAACGCCUACGACAUCCUGUCCGAUCCUGCUCUACACUCCUGCUAUCUCGAAAACAUGCGCUUCGGUUCGAGCGCCGCUCUUGUGGCUGUAGAGCGACUGCGACAAGGUCGUGCUGUUAACAGAAGAGCGGAUACGCUUCAACUCUAUGCUGACGCACUCAAUUUAUUUCCCAAUCUCAGCAAGAACUCCGACCCGCCUACUGGGGAGUCACUACCUGGCAACCUGGAAGUGGAUUCUCGUCCUUCUAACUCCAUGCGAGGAUCUUAUGCCCAUCCGUAUGCUCGAGCUCGACCUUCUCCCGGAAGCUCAUCAUUUAACUUAUUGCCGCAAUACCCGUUAGGGACGCAACAAGCUGCUUCAAACCAAGCACCUCAUAAGCCUAUUCAAGGAGAGCUCCUGCUGGGUGUCACAUUGUCUACUACCGGGUUCUAUGUUUAUGUAUAUCUGGGGCCUGGUCAAUUCGUACGAGGUCCUGAUCGCCCUACCCUGUUGUUGGCUGUGAAUGAUGGUGCAAGGCUUGUUAAAGGUAUGGAGAGCCAUAAGAUCUACGAGGUGCUCGCUGCUCUCUUGGAAGAGGCCCGACAACCAUGGAGUGUCCAAACUCAAGGUUCUCCCUCGAUGCUUCCGUUGGGCCGGGUUAUGCCCAGUAAUUUCCGAGAAGGCGAAGCGUUGUCCAGGCACCUUCAGAAUGGCAUUCCUCAAAGAGAGUCUCCUUUGAACGUAGCCACAUCGGAGCCGAACCGGGAAGCAUGGAAUCAGGCUGCGAUGAAUGCUGGUCGACCUAUGGUGUAUCCAUCUCCAGGAGGGGUACGUAGGACUUCUGCAUCAAUGCACUUGUCGUUAUCCUCCUUUGUCAGAUGA